AAUAUCUGUCCUCUUUGCUUCUCCGGAUCCAUGAAUUUCUUAUGUUUUUCUUGCUUGUUAGUCUUUAGAUUCCUUUUUCUCUGAUUAUUUCUUCGGUUUGAUUACGGAUUCUUCUCUGCAAUUGGGGUUUACUCCUCAAUUGGGGUAGGAGGUAGUGUUUUUUCGAGUUCUAGGGUUAAUUCUGGUAAGCUUAGAUGGUCCGGUGUACUGAUUAAGGAGAAGGAUGAGGUUCUCCAUGAACCUUUGUUGUUUGAACCCGCUGGUAUUGUUGAGGAUGAGAAAUUGACAGUGUUUUCAGAUGAUGUUUGUAGUUGUGAACAUCUGGUUGUUGGUUGCUUUGUUGGUAAAAGGCUACCAUUUCCUACGGUGAGGAGUAUUGUUAAAAGAGUUUGGAAGUUGAAGGGAGACAUAACUAUGACUCUUCAUGGUGAUACUUCAUUUGUUUUUGAGUUUGAUUCUGCUGAAGGCAGAAUUACUGCUGUGGAGCAUGGUUGUUUCUUCAUUGCUGGCCAGCUAUUUGUUGUUAGACCUUAAUAUCAUUUAGGUUUAGUUCAUAUAUCAAUUUCUAUGGAAUAUGCAGAUGAGUAAGUAAGACCCCAAAUGCUUAAGACAUGUUGUUGCUUGUUUUACUUCGGGGUUUUUGUGUGUUUUUGCUAUCAUUGUGGUGGAAUUGCUUGGUUAUGUAUCUAGUGAUAGUUCAUAUCAUUUUGAUGAUUUUUUGAAACAGUCGUGGUGGAAUUGCUUGUUUAUUUAUGUAUCUAGUGAUAGUUCAUAUCAUUUUGAUGAUUUUUUUGAACAGUCAAGUGUUGUGGCCAUCUUGUUAUUACUCUACAAUGGUUGAAUUUUUGUUUUUGUUUUGAUGGGAUAAAUAUUGAUUUUGAUAUGCAGGUUCUAUGUGGACAGCGGUUGGGCAGCUUAUGGCGGCAAUCAUGGGAUCAGGGAUCCUAUCAUUGCCAUAGGCCAUUGCCCAACUCGGCUGGUUUGGUGGUCCAGCUGUGUUGCUGUUGUUCGCUGGAAUCAUCUAUUAUACGUCUUGCUUACUCGCUGAAUGUUAUCGGACUCUUGACAACUCAAGGAUUUACAGCUACGAAGAAGCAGUUCAAAGUCUAGGUCCUUAUAGUGUCAAGUUUUAUAGAAUUACACGCUACAUCGACCUCUUUGGUGUCGCCAUUGGAUGUACUAUCGCCUCCACCAGCAUGAUUGCCAUCAGGAGGCGAACUUGUUUCUAUUCGCACUAUAAAGUCCAUGAACACCCCUGCCUUGAGUCCAGUAUCCCAUACUUGGUGAUAUUUGGCGCGGCAGAAAUCUUAUUUGCGCAGCUAGCGGACCAAAUCUCAUGUCUGCCAGUCAUCGCGAUGCUCUCUUCCCUCAUCUAUUCUAUUGCUGGAGUCUCACUUGCCAUCAUAAAAGUGGCAGGCAGUGGGACAAUUGCAGGGACUAUGACCGGAAUUAGCGUUUCGCAAAGCGAAAAGAUAUGGAAGAUGUUGCAAGCAGUCGGGAAUAUAGCGUUCGCAUAUUCAUUUUCAUCAUCUUUCUUAGAAAUCCAGGACACUCUGAGAAGUCCACCAGCAGAAGCUGAAACAAUGAAAAAAGCUAGUAGGAUAACUGUUUCUCUGACCUCUACCUUCUAUCUCCUUGCUGGUUGCUUGGGGUAUGCAGCUCUUGGAGAUGCAACCCCAGAUAACCUAUUAUUCGUAUUCAGAUUUGAAGAUCCGUACUGGCUGCUGGACCUGGCCAACAUCUUAAUUGCCAUUCACUUGUUCACGGCUUUUCAAGUAUUCUGCCAACCACUAUUCACUUUCGUUGAGCAAUGGGCAUCGACAAGAUGGCCCCAAAAUGAAUUCAUCAACAAGGAAUUUGUUUUGCCAAUUCCAGGACUGCGGAAUUUCAAGCUGAACUCGUUCAGGAUUGUCUAUAGGUCAAUCUUUGUAAUCCUGAGUACAAUCUUAUCCAUGUUCCUCCCUUUCUUCAACGAGGUCGUGGGUAUCCUCGGUUCCAUUGGCUUUUGGCCGUCUACAUUUUACAUCCCCGUGAAAAUCUACUUAUCACAGAAGAAAAUACCAAAGUGGAGUAAACAGUGGAUAUUCCUUCAAUUUCUUACUGCAGUGUGCUUUACAGUGUCACUUGCAGCUUUAUCAGGCUCACUUGUUAGUUUGCUCUCCAAUCUUUGGGAAUUUCAUUCAUUCAGCUUUGAUUAUGAUCAGUACAACCCAAAUGGAUAGGAGGUGUUACGAUCAAGGAUCGAGUCCAAUGGUGAUAAGGCGAAAUAGUAUCUGCUCCGUCGGCAUUGUGACAUUCCACGGCGUUUUCUGGUGUUUCUCAUCGAGUCUCGGAUAUAUUUAUAAAUCAUCAUUAGAGUAGAAAUGUUUUUGUCAUCAACACUGCAGUAGUCCAGGCCCUGGGUGUAUUAUUGUUAUUGUCGUCACCAGUAUUAAUGUAAGAAUUGUUGUUGCUCAAAGAGUUUGUCCCUAGUUCCCAGAAAACCUAUUAAGUAAUUGUUAUUAUUACCAUUCUGUUCUCUCCCA